UAUCUACAUCGCCGAUACGGCCCUCUGCGGACCCCCGCUGCGGUGUCACUCAAUUGACCAUCACAAAGGACGAUUCGCUAGAGAAUGUAAUGCAGGUGUGGUCACUCCACGGUGGCAGCCAACUGGUCGCUGAUCCCCUGCAGCGAUGCAUCGUAGCGCCGUGGUUUGGUCACUUUUGGUGGGCAGUGGAGUACGACCGAGGUUGGUUCCGGGGGCUUGACCUCCGUCAUCACUUCACUCACACGCACAUGUUCCACAUUUCCAACACGGAAACUCCGCAAAUGCGCCGUCGGCUGUUAUUCAGCAGCAGCGUCACUCUCCCCCCGUCUCGACCUGCUAUGACCUGAAGACAAGCCUUUUUCUCCAGCGCUGGACACACCAUGACCGACUCGGCUACCCGGCAGUGGAUCCUUGUGCUGUCGCUCACCGCUCUUCUCCUCUCGGUCGCCGUCCUCGCCCAGAUUGCCGGCCGCUACGCAAAGGCCUACCUGGACGCCCCCAGCGAAGUGGCUACCUUUCUCGACGCCGUCGACAGCUCCAUCGCCGAGAACGAGUCGUACGACCGCGAUAUCGCCAAGGUCAAGCGCCUCGACGACAAGCUCCGUCUCGGCCGCCUCUUGCGAGAUAUUCAAAAGGGUGGGGAUGCUCUGCGCGAGGACCUGAACGCCCUCCUGGUGGACGGCGGGGAGACCCCGCGUCUCCGCAUGGCCGCGCGCAUCUGCUGGGCAAGCCGCCGUCUCGAACUCGAGGAGAAGGUCCGCCGGCUCGACCUGCUGAGGAUGCGCUUCCUUGUCGUCCACAUGGGCAUCAUUGCCAGCCUGGCGACCGAAGCGGCGACAAAGACCACCAGUGCUGCCGCGCGGGACGCAGAGAAGCCGACGGUCGACACAACAGCGCCACAUACGCCACGGCCCAGCGGGAUCCCCAAGGCUCUAGCAGACAGCAUCAAGUCCCAACCGCCGUUGAGGAGGUUGACGGUGCAAGCCAUUGGAUACCAGGAAAACGUCGAGGGCAGCCACCGCAAGGGUUGGGCGGGAGUAAUAAAGGAGUUGCAGAAGAGCCCAUUGCUCCGGGAGAGGCAUGCCAGCAUCGAGACGGCCAUGUCCCGGACGCCGUAACGCGCUUCGCUUGAUAUGCGCUUGCUUUGCCAGCGUCGUGGCAUUCUGACGAGAUACGAGUUUUGACGACGAGACGACGAGUACGACCAUGUUUACGUACGAAUCACGCUUACGCAUCGCAUGACGACCUCAUGGCUGCAUUAGAAGAUCUGCUAAUGAUUUGGCUUUUGGCGGGGCCCGAGUUCUUGGAGUUGGUCACUUCACAUGAGAUACCCCUA